AUGAAUUUAGAAGAAAUGUAUCAAACAUUACGCGGCGCCAGCGGUGAAGAAGGUGCCAAGUUUGACGUCGUUCAAAAAUGGUUCACACAAUGCAAUAUCAUUGAUGGAAAGUAUGUUACGGACUCAUUGUUCACAUGCUCUUACCAGAGACUUUGUCCUAAUAAUGAACCAUUGUCUUUAACUAAAUUUAUUCAGCUGCUGGGUAUUCUAGCGAAAGAAUCAAAACGAGAUGUGAAAAUGUUCGAAGAGCGUUUCCGGACGGUGCACAAACAAAUCGUAGACGAAAUUCUGAAGAGCCGUUCUGAAGAGAAACAAACACAAACAAAUUAA